AUGAAGCCGACGAUGCAGGCAGUGAAGUGGCUGGGCAUGGAUCGCCACGGCAAGAUGGCGGUCGCGCCGGCCGCGGAGCAAGUGUUGAAGCCGCUCCCAGAGACGCAGCCGAUCAACCUCAUCAGCAUCUUUGGCGCCGCACGACAGGGCAAGUCCUUCCUCAUGAACCUCCUCGCGAACCAGCAAGACCUCUUCCGCAUCUCAAACGAGAAGGAGCCAUGCACGCAGGGCGUCGACCUCUCGAGCCACUUCAUGCCGUUGACCGAGUUUAGCCGGCAAAACGGCAACCCAAGCGUCUCGAGCAGCAUGAAGGUCGGCUUUGUCGAUGCGGAAGGACAGGGCGACCGCGACAUUACAUACGACUCGCGCUUGGUGUCGCCGGUGCUUUUGACGUCCAAGGUGGUCAUCUUCAACUGGAAAGACUCGCUUCAAGCCGACCGCAUGCUCAACCUCCUCGCCGUGCUCGCCAAGGCCGCGCAGAACGUUGAGCUGGCCGAUGGCGACAACCGCAAGGUGUUUGGCCACCUCCACAUCGUCUUUCGCGACUGGAACUUUGUCAAUACGACGCCCGAGCAGGUCUACGAUACGCUCUUCAAGAAGGAGAAGGGCGGUGACAAGGAGGUCGGGAACCGCAACCUCGCGCGCCACGAGCUCGUCGACGCCUUUGAGAGCAUUCAAGUGUGGCUCUUCCCGUCCCCGGUUGUCAGCACGGCCCAACUGAGCGAGCGCAUUCGCUUUGAUCAGCUGCAGCCGUCGUUCCAGACGCAGAUGCGGGACUUGCGCAAGACGCUCUCGAACCAGCUCAAGACGCCAAUGCAGUUCAACAAUCACACGCUCACGGGCCCCGUGCUCUCGGAGAUGAUUCCGUUCGUUGCCGAGAUCUUGAACGACAACCGCGUCAUUAUGCCCGAGUCCAUCUAUGCGUCGAUGCGCCGCGCCGAGGCCAAGAAGAAGCAGCGCGAGUGCGAAGACGAGAUGCAGCGCAUGUGUGACGCGCUCCUGCAGUCGGAGACGCUCGUCUCGACAACCGACUUUUCGAGUCAGGCCACCGAUGCGUUGAUGGGACUCCUUGGUUCGACGAUGCAGUCGCUGCAAAAGUACCCCGAAGACGUGGUCGAGGAGUGCAAGAAGGGACUCCACCUCUUCCUCGAGCGCCAAGUCGACGCUAGCGCCAAGGCCAACAACGAGCUCGUCUUGGUCCACUUCCAAACACUCAUGGAUAACGCCAGCGACAACCUCUCGGCCCGCUUCAACGAACUUGAGGACCAACUCCCGCUCGCACCCGCCGAUCUCAGCACAAUUUGCGACCAGACGCUGGCCAAGGUCACGGCGCCUCUUCUCGAGUGCCCGACGUCGACGGCGACGACGUACCACGGCGAGAUUCGCCGGCUGCAGCAACAAGCGACCGCCUUCAAGGAGCGUCUCCAGCAUUUGAACGAGCGUGCGAUUCGGACGCGCACGACCGAGCUCCAGGCGAAAUUGUCCAAGGCGACGCUAGAGCUCAAGGCCAAAGGUGUCGCUUGGCUCGACAAGCGCAUCCAGGCCAAGGCGCCAUUCACCAUCGCCAUGCUCGAGGCGCAGCUCACCCAAUGGCUCGAGACGAUUGAUGUGCCGCCGCGCAACGACGCACUCGAUGACCUCGACGUUCGCCAAGAGCUCCGCGUCUUCUUUACGCAGCUGCUCGAAGAUCUCAAGCGUCAGUACACGCUGCACGUGCGCCACGUUUUGCACCAGUUCCACGUUGAUGCCAAGGCGGCGCUCGAGCGCGAGAUCCACCGGUCGCUCGGCGACAAGACGCUGCCGAUGGAGGACGCGCAGCUCGUGUCCGUAAUCCACAAGGCCAAGGACCGCGUCGUGACGGAAGCUGCGGAAGCUAUGCAAGGCUGGAGCUUUCCGCAAGAGGACAUGGAGCAUUUUGGUGCGCUCAUGAUGGAGAACAUGGAGCAGUUUCUCGGGCAAUUUGGCGCGCAGAACCGCAUUGUGACCCAAGACACGGCCAGCCGCCAUGCCGCGAGCGUGUACCAAGAGACAAAAGACGAACUCAUUUCGCUCGUCCACGACGGGCUUGUCAAGCAAAUGCCGCUGAGCGACUCGAGCAUCGACACGUACUUCAAGGAAGCCGUGACGCAGGCUGCCGAGUACAUGCUGACGCAGGCGCCGACGUCGGACAAGUCGGCGCUGGACUGGGAAACCAAGUUUCAUGUUGAUUUGACCACUGUGAAGGCCCAGCUCCGCACCAUCAACCAGAAGGAAGUCGAGAAAAAGGAGUGGAUGGAAGCCGCCGAGGCCGAGCGCAUUCGUCUCCAGGAGCUCGAAAACCAAGUCCAGCACACGGAAGCCCUUGCCCAAGAGCGGGAGAAGCAGAUCAAGUCGAUCUUGAUCGAGAAGGAACAGACGUCGGCGCACUUGACGGAAGAACUCUCGUUGCAGACGACCAAGACACAGGCGCUGGAGCAGCAGCUCGAGGCGCUUCGAGUCACAGCCGAGGAGAUGGCAAAAGAAAAGGCGCGUUUGGCUGAGCAAGCCACGAGCAUUGCCGCCAAAGAACGUGCUGACAAGGAGAAAGCCGUCGCCGAGCAGUCGCGUCGCCAAGCCGCGCUGCAGAAGGAGCUCGACGCGAUGCAAGCGCAGUUAGCGCAGCAACAAGCGAUUCUCCAGCAAAAGGAAGAGGAGGCGCGCCUCGCAGCGGCCGCCAAAGCCAAGGCCGAGGCCCUCGAGCGCGAAAAGGAGAAAGCGUACGCGCUCGCCGAGACGGAGCGCGCGCUGCGUGAAAAGAUGUUGGCCGAGGCCAAGUCGAGCCAAGCGUCCGCGGCCGCGCUCCAAAACAAAAUGUCAUCGGCGCUCGAAAAGAAAAUGCGCGAGUCGGAGCAGCUCCAGACGACGCUGGCACUGGAGAAGGCCAAGGCCGAUCGCCUCGAAGCCGAGCUCAAGCGCGUGCGCGCCGAGGCUGUGAGCCACGAGCGCGAGAAGGAAAAGUUUCGCCAGCAAGCGCUCAACAUGGAGGUCUCGACCUCGAAGCUGCGCGAGCACGCCCAGGAAGAGUCACGCCGCCGUGCCGAAGCGGAAGCUGCUGCUGCCCAAGCAGCCAAGGCAGCCGCGGCUGCGGCUAAAGCCGCGAUGGAGGCAGCGGCUGCAAGUCCGGCGCGGGCGGGCAAGCGCAAAAGCGACGGCGACGAAUCGGGGCGCAAGGCCAAGACGCUCAAGGUCAAGGCGCCGCUGCCCAAGAUGAGCCUCGCCGAAGCCAAGCGACUGGCCAAGGAAGACAUGGACAAGCGCAUUGCCAGUCGUGCGUCGGCGCUGGAGAAGGGCAAGAAGGCCAAGGCCAAGCCAUAA